CGUACCAUACGGACAGCCUUUAUUGACGCAACUUCCCCCUGCACUUCCUUUCUGGCGUAGCGAGGCGAGAGAGGCUAACCGCUAAAAUGAGUAAAGUUUCCAGAGACACGUUGUAUGAGGCUGUGCGGGAAGUCCUGUCGGGCUCAAAGACUAAAAAGAGGAAGUUUGUGGAGACUGUGGAGCUGCAGAUCAGCCUGAAAAACUAUGAUCCCCAGAAGGACAAGCGUUUCUCUGGCACAGUCAGGCUGAAGACUCUCCCCAGGCCAAAGUUCUCAGUCUGCCUUCUCGGAGACCAGCAGCAUUGUGACGAGGCCAAAGCCGCUGACCUGCCGCACAUGGAUGUGGAGGUGCUCAAAAAGCUAAACAAGAACAAGAAGUUGGUCAAAAAGCUUGCCAAGAAGUAUGACGCGUUCCUGGCUUCAGAGUCUCUGAUCAAGCAGAUCCCUCGUAUCCUGGGCCCUGGGCUCAACAAGGCUGGCAAGUUCCCCUCCCUGCUCACCCACAACGAGAACCUAAUUACCAAAGUGGAUGAGGUCAAAUCCACCAUUAAGUUCCAGAUGAAGAAGGUGCUCUGUCUGGCCGUGGCCGUCGGGCACGUGAAGAUGACUGAAGAUGAGCUGGUGUACAACAUCCACCUAGCCGUCAACUUCCUGGUGUCGCUGCUCAAGAAGAAUUGGCAGAAUGUGCGCGCCCUGUAUGUCAAGAGCACCAUGGGAAAGCCCCAGCGCCUCUAUUAAGUGACAAGCUUUUCUACAAAUAAUAAAAAUGUGGACUUUCCAACAA